UCAUUUCCUAAAAUAAUCGAAUUCCCCAAUUUUGAUUUGAAGAACAAGAGACGACAAACCCUGGAAUUUGCGAUUUCGGGGAAGAUGAUGAUGGGUGGUGGGAGUGUGUAUUGGGGGAGGAAGGAGGAUAGCGGUAGAAUUAAGGGGAUAGUGGUGAUUUUCGCUUGGGUUUCCAUUCAGGACCAGCACCUGAGCAGUCACAUCGACUUGUAUUCGUCUCUCGGCUGGAAUUCUCUCGUCGCCCGUGCAGAUUUCCUCAACGUAUUUUAUCCUGAGAGGGCAACAUCAUUAGCAUUUGUGCUUCUAAAUAAGCUUAUGGAGGAAUUGAAGAUUAGAACUAGUCCCGUAGUCUUUCUUUCUUUUUCUGGUGCUCCAAAAGCUUGCAUGUAUAAGGUUUUUCAGAUUAUUCAGGGGACAGAUGGAUGCCAGCUUCAUUUGGACAAAAGUGAGUUGGUUAGAAAUUGUCUUUCUGGACACAUCUAUGACUCUAGUCCAGUAGAUUUUGGAAGUGAUCUGAAUGUGCAAUUCGCUUUGCAUCCUGCCAUAAGGAAAAUGCCUGGACCAUCUAAGCUUGUGUCCUGGUUAGCUAAAGGUGUUGCUUCUGGUCUGGAUGGCUUGUAUCUUACCAGGUUCGAAUAUCAACGUGCUGAGUAUUGGCAGACCCUUUAUUCCUCAGUUGAAAUAGGUGCUCCAUUCCUUAUUUUAUGCUCAGCUAAAGAUGUCCUUGCACCAUAUUCUGUUAUAAGCAAUUUUGCUCAAAUCUUGCAAGAUAGUGGGGGAGAUGUUGAGAUUGUGAAGUGGAGUGGCUCUCCCCACGUGGAACAUUACAAGAAUUAUCCUAUGCAGUACAGGGCUGCUGUGACCAACUUUCUGGAAAAAGCAACUUCAGUUUACUCCCAUAGAGUCCAACAAUUAAGAGAAAGAUCAGGUCUGCGUGAUGAGAUAUCUGAGUUAAUCUGUGAUCUCCAGAAAGUAGCUGUCAGUUCAAACCAAAGCCUAACAAGAGUUGCAGUUGGGCCUAGUGACCACUUCUUCCUGCCAAGUUCGUCUGAGUAUCAGAACGGUAGAGAAUCUGGAUCUGUACAAGAUGAACAGAGAGAACGAUCAAUGUAUUUGCCUGAACCUCCAAGUAUCAAUGCACAUGGUGUUCUUGGAAAAAUCCUCUUUGAUGUUUGUGUUCCCAAGAAUGUUGAAGGUUGGGAUAUUAGAUUUUUAGGUGCUCUAAAAGGGCAGCAAUUCACUUCUGCUCGUAGGCAUUCAGCUUUCCUUGGUAUCAAGUGCAACAGGCGAUCAAGAUUAUGACCUCUCUUACAGAAAUUCUGUUACUGUGGACUGUCCAAAAGCUCCUGAGUUGUAAGAAAUUAUACAAGAAAAACAAGGUCAUCAAGAUGGCUCAAGAAGGCCGUCAGUGCAAGCAAGUAUGGAGAGGUGAGGACUUUGUGGCAUUUCCUGGGAUUAAGAGUUACUUUUGCUUGCCUUUUUGAUCAAUGCACAAAUGACGUGUAUGGGUAGGAUGACAGAUAUGAUCGUAUGUAUAUACUAUGUCUAUAUGUUAAGAACUGCACUUCUAUCUGGUGGGCUAUGAAAUUGCAUGGGGAAACACUUGAUAGUCUAUCUCUAACCCACAAGCGGCAUUAACGAUUGCAAAUAUUCUAUGUAGUCUUCAAAGGGUUGAGCAAGAAGCCCAUAGGGAAUGAGCGAAUGGACGGCUGGAGUUUAAGAACCAGAAGAUGUAAGUGACAAGAUCUGGACAAACACAUCUCCUUUUUGUAUGAAACAAUGAUGAGAGCAAAUUAUCAUAUAAUUUUAUGUGCUAUUUAUCAAAAAAAAAAAUAUAAUUUUAUGUGCUUA